AUGGUUGUUACUGCUUUUCUAGUCGUUUUUGCGACUUUUCUGGCUUUUGAAUACUACAAAUGGCUUUGGACUGGCUAUGAUUUGUUCGAAAAGCAAGGAAUAGUUUACGUGAAACCAUAUCCCAUCAUGGGUUCCUUAUGGCAAUUGUUGAAACCGACAGCAACAGUGCGGGAUUUCCUGAUCGACGUCUAUAACAAAUAUCCUACUGCCACAAUUGUUGGAAUUUUUGAUCAAAGUCGGGUCACUUACAUGUUGAGAAAUCCGGAAUUGGCGAAAAAACUUGCUAUUAAGGAUUUUGAUUAUUUCACAGAUCAUCGACAAGUGAUAACUGAAGAUAAGGAACCGCUAAUCUCGCAAAAUCUUGUCAAUCUCAAAGGUCAAAAGUGGAAGGAUAUGCGAGCAACACUGAGUCCCAUUUUCACAGGAAGUAAAAUGCGCUUUAUGUUUGAACUUGUGUCGGAAAUUGGUGCACAAAUGGCUGAGUAUUUCAAGCAAGUUUCGAAAAAUGAGAGAACAGUUGAGUUCAAAGAAACUUUUUCCCGCUUUACCACAGAUGUAAUUGCGUCAACGUCUUUCGGGAUCAAAGUUAACUCUCUGAAAGAGAAGAAAAAUGAUUUUUAUGUAACAGCAGACACCAUGACGAAUGUUAAGGGAUUCAUGACAGGCAUUCGAUUGAUGAUUCUUUUCUUGCUGCCGAAGCUCGGUAAGUUUUUAGGACUCCGAGUGAUUGCAGAAAAGACGACGAAUUUUUUUGUCCGUAUUAUUACGCACACGAUGAAUGUACGACAAACCUUAGGAAUUGUUCGUCCCGAUUUGAUCCACUUGUUGUUGCAAUUGAAAAAGGGAAUGCUCAAAAAUGAUGAAAUCAAAGAAAAACUUGAUGAAGAAGAUUCCUUUGCUGCUGUCGAGGAAUCCGAAGUUGGUCGUGUUGUCGUCCGUCGUCAAUGGAGUGAAAAUGAACUGAUGGCUCAAUGUUUGAUUUUUUUCCUCGCUGGAUACGAUACGAGCUCCUCAGUGAUGUCGAUGCUUGCUUAUGAACUGGCAACAAACAAAGACGUUCAGCAGAAACUUAUUGCAGAAAUUAAUGACGUUCAUGAAACGUUGGCGGGAAGUAAAUUAACCUACGAUGUCUUGCAAAAGAUGAAAUAUCUUGACAUGGUGAUUGCGGAAGGUCUUCGAAAAUGGCCUCCAGCAGAGCUGACAGAUCGAGUUUGUACCAAAGAUUACAAGCUACAUAACGACGAUGGUAGAGAGUUUAUCAUCAAACGCGGACAAAAUGUAUGGAUUCCUAUUAUUGCAUAUCAAAUGGACCCUUCGUGUUAUCCUGAUCCCGAAAAAUUCAAUCCCGAACGAUUUAAUGAGGAAAAUAAGCAAAAAUUAGAUCCAUCGAUGUAUAUGCCAUUUGGUAUUGGACCCCGAAAUUGCAUUGGAUCACGUUUUGCCUUGAUGCAGAUGAAAGUGGCCUUUUAUUAUCUUUUGUUAAAUUUCACAUUAGAAGUUUGCGAAAAGACUCAAGUCCCCUUGAAGCUAAUUAAAGGGACACGUACUCAACCAGAAAAGGGAAUUUGGCUGGAAUUGUGUCCUAAAUAAUAUUUUCCAGUCCAUUUUAUGCAGUAUGCUCCUUUUUCAUAGUAAUUUAUCACUGACUUUCCAUUUGUAAGGAAACAAGUUUUUCUGACUUUUGUGGUUUUGUAAAACAUGCAUGUUACUUUUAAAUUAAAUUGUAUUUUUAGAAUUCUAUUAGAAAGAUAAACAUUUUAGUUUGUCUACCUGGUAUUUCUAAAGGCACAAUAAUUGCGCUGGGCGUCUCUGUUCAAAAUUUAUUUUUUUGCAUGCAUAUGGUUAUUUGUUAUAAAAAAAAAUUAUGCAUGACAAACAUCAAAUUAACUCUGAUUCCAUUGUCUCCUAAGUUGACAGACUUUUAAAGUGUGAAUGUUAAAAUUAUUUUAAUGAAAAAAUGAAAAAAAAAAACAGUUCGAGAAAUUUUUGCGUGACAACAAAAUUUGUG